UAUUUACAGAAGAGCCUGUCCCACAUGCGGCGGACUGGGAGUUCACGGCGCCCUCCGAACCGCUCGUCCCGCAGAGAACACCGCAAUGGCGCCCCUGUCUCGGUCCCUUCCGUCUCUGGUGAAACACACGGAGUGUCUGUGGAGAGCGGGUCUCUUCCGUAGCCUCAUACCCAACCACCCGCUCAGGUCUGGCUGGUGGAAGAGGAAUUUCAAGGCAGUCUCCUGCGGAGGAGCCGGCGUCCAGCCGCUGUUCCAGCAGCGCGGAGCCAAAAACUGCGCAGCAUCUGCGAGCAGCAGCUCUUCAGAGGGUCAGGACCCGACAGAGAGGCUGUGGUCCGUCUACAGUGAGACUAAAAGACAGACAGAGGUAAUAUCCACCAGCGCCGUUGAUCCCGACACCAUUUUUGCAAACAAUGAGAUGAGCCUACGAGACAUCGAGAUCUACGGCUUCGACUACGACUACACCCUGGCCUUCUACUCCAGCCACCUCCACACACUCAUCUUUGACAUAGCGCGGGACAUUCUCAUCAACAACCACCGGUAUCCAGAGGAUUUGCGGAAGUAUGAGUAUAUUCCAGAUUUUGCAGUAAGAGGGCUUCACUACGAUGUCCAGAAGGCACUCCUGAUGAAGAUCGAUGCCUUUCAUUACAUCCAGCUGGGAACUGUGUACAGAGGUCUUCAUCCAGUGCCUGACCAGGAAGUCAUUGCCAUGUAUGAAGGCUCCCAUGUUCCUCUUGAGAUUAUGAGCGACUUUUAUGGCAAGAGUACACAUGGCCACACCAUGAAGCAGUUCAUGGACAUAUUCUCGCUGCCGGAGAUGACGCUCCUGUCUUGUGUCAACGACUUCUUCAUGAGGCACAACAUCGAUUACGAGCCAGUCCAUCUCUACAAAGACGUAAAGGAAGCUAUCAGAGAUGUCCAUGUCAAGGGCAUUAUGUAUCGAGCUGUGGAGGCGGAUAUUGGAAAAUACAUUUGCUAUGGUGAGCAAAGCCAUGCUGUGUUGAAGAAGCUGUCGGCGCACGGAAAGAAGAUGUUUCUCAUCACCAACAGCCCUUUUGAUUUUGUGGAUCGUGGAAUGAGCUACAUUGUGGGAAAAGACUGGAGAGACUUGUUUGACGUCGUUAUUGUCCAGGCCGAUAAACCCAGUUUCUUCAACGACAGAAGAAAACCCUUCAGGCGGGUGACAGACAAAGGUGUGUUACUGUGGGACAGGAUUCACAGGCUGGAGAAAGGGGAGAUCUACAAGCAGGGAAACCUCUACGAGUUUCUCAGACUCACUGGCUGGAGGGGAUCCAAAGUGCUUUACUUUGGAGAUCACAUUUACAGUGACUUGGCAGAUUUGACUCUGAAACACGGCUGGAGGACAGGCGCCAUCAUCCCCGAGCUGCGGAAGGAGAUAAAAAUCAUGAACACGCCGCAGUACGUCCACAUGAUGACCUGGUUGCAGGCGCUGACCGUACUGAUUGAACAGAUGCAGGCGCACCGGGAUCCAGCGACCCAAGCUGUCGUUGAGGAGUGGAUCAAAGAAAGAGAAGCCAUGAAGCCGCAGACGAAGGACAUCUUCAACGCUCAGUUCGGCAGCCUCUUCCGCACCUACCACAAUCCCACCUACUUCUCGCGCCGACUCUCCCGCUUCGCCGACAUCUACAUGGCCUCCAUCAGCUGCAUGCUCAACUACGACCUCCAGCACACCUUUUUUCCUCGACGCACUCCUUUGCAGCACGAGGCGCCCUUUUGGCCGGAACAAAAUUCUUCUGGAUUUGGGGUCACUUCUUCUUCUCCUCCUCCUCCUCUAACGCCUCAGGACCGAAGCAGAGUCUGAUCACACAGGAAAGUGUAAGAGUUAAAGAUUGAACGGUCAAUCUCUUAAUUUAAUGCUUUAAGAAGUGUAUUUUAGAAGUAGUUUGUAUUUUAAAUGUGCAUAUGUCUUUUUUUUUCUUUUUCACCUCAACUGUGUUCAGGCUUGUAGAUCAUGAGUGAUCUUCAAUUCCAUGUCUAAAGUAUCAAGCAAAAUAAUGCGAAAGAAACAAAACAAGUACAUUUUAACUGUCGCACCUACCACAGUUAAAAACCCUGGUAGGUUCUUCUGUCAAAGAAUAUUGUUCUGAGGACACAUGCUUUCUUCAUACUCAAACUCUAUAAGUCAACCCACAGCUGAUUUUCUCAGAGGAGCGUGUUGUUUGGCUGCAACAAGUCUCCAAUCUAAAAUGAUCAAAUGCUCUCUCCUUCAUUUGGCUCACACACAACAGAAAGUGGAGUGGCUUUAGUUGUGUCCGUGCUUAUGCUAGUGGUUGAGCCGCAUCAUAAAUUGUGUUGUGUCCAGGUUCUUUCAGGGCAGUAUUAUGUAAAAUCAACCUUUUAAAGCUUUAUGUCAUAUUAUAAUGUUAUUCCCUCAUCAAAUACAAAGCUAGAGGGUUGCUUUGAUUCUUUCAUGCAUGUUUGGGAAAUCUUUUAGCCUCCUGUGGCAGCCAUUGUGGUACUCCCCCACACAUCUCCUCCAGAUUACUGCUCAACUGCUUAGCUCAUCAUAAAACUACCGUAUUUUCUGCACUAUAAGUCGCAGUUUUUUUCAUAGUUUGGCAGGGGGUGCGACUUAUACGCCGGAGCAAUUUAUGUGUGGAAAUUAACACAUCAUUAUAUCAUGUCACAUGUUAUUUUCACGCUAAACCGCAAGAGGACGUACAAUAUUCAGCCUAUUGUUGCCUCUAUUUUUAUUGCCUUUCAAAUUGACCUGUCUGUUCAUGGUGUUGGAUUUUAUCAAAUAAAUUUCCCUCAAAAAUGCGAUUUAUACUCCAGGGUGACUUAUAUAUGUAUUUUUCUUCUUUACUAUGCAUUUUAUGGCUGGUGUGACUUAUACUCCGCAGCGACUUAUAGACCAGAAAAUACGGUACUUCCCGAAGGCUUGAUGGAGGAAGGUUUUUUUGAUGUGCUGAAGGCAGACUAUUGGAAAGAGCAGGAGCUUCUUAAAGAGACAGAGCCCCAAUUCUCAAAAUUGCAAAGUCAAAUUUAUUUUAAGUCAUGUCUGAUAAAUACAGAAUUCCUAUAACAGCUGAAAGUAACAUGGCUACUUGGUUGAGCUAUGAAAUCUCCCUACAAGCCUGGAGAAUACAUAAUUGAGAUUAAAAAUUGUUUCCUAAUCCUGGGGAGAAAUUGUGGGACAGUUUUGGUGGGUGAGGAGAAAGUUUUCUUUUUCAUCUACGUUUGCCCAGUUUUGCCCUCUCCAUUGUUUUUCUGUGUUGCUCAUGAUCAGCCACACUUCCAUCCGCCAUCUGGCUACAGAUGAUAUGUGGAAGCAUGAGAGAAUAUGUGUUUUAAAUCAACUUAUGACGGAAAAGUGAAUCAUUAAGUUUCACGUGUUCAAGAUUUUUCUUUUUCUUCUUUUUUUUGCUCUGACGUAUAUGCCCUUUAAAGUGUAACAGAAGUUCAAACUGUGGUUUCUUUAAACAUGUUAUUUAUUUCAGUCCUUUCAGAUUAAUUGUCUUAAGAAGCACUGGCUCUAUUUAUUUUUAAGCCAAAUGCCUGUGGGUUUAUUUGUUUGUGUGUGUGUGUGUGUGUGUGUGUGUGUGUGUGUGUGUGUGUGUGUGUGUGUG